AUGUCUGAGGAGAUGACCACAGAAGAGCUCCCUACUGUUCAGGCCAAGUACGAGUACUGCUAUGCUGCCUACGAGCAGUGUGCAGCUCUGUUAGGGUGUCGAUUACCUCCGUGCGACACCGAAGUGUUCGGAGGCGAUUACACUCGCUGGCCCACCUUCCGGGAUUUAUUCACAGCCCUCUACAUCAAGAACCCGAGACUGUCGGCAGUUGAGAAACUUUUCUAUCUCAACUCCAAGACCAGCGGAGAAGCCCAUUCAAUUGUUUCAAAGUCUCCUUUAACAAAUGAAGGGUUUCAGUCAGCGUGGUCCAGCUUGACACAGCGUUUCGAGAACAAACGGUUGCUCGUAAACAGUCAGCUGAGAAUCUUGUUAAAUUUGCCCGCCAUUGGGCAAGAGUCGGGUUUCUCUAUUCAGGAGAUGCAGAGCACCAUUCAAGAGUGCCUGACAGCCGUAGAGCACUCGAAAAUCGACACAGAGAAUUGGGAUUGCAUCCUGGUUUUCUUGUGUUCUUCGAGGCUCCCCAAGUUGACCCUUUCUCUUUGGGAACAGUCAAUCCAAAACAAGAGCGAUAUUCCAACGUGGGUUGAUAUGAACGCUUUUCUUCUAGAGCGGUAUCGCACCCUAGAAGCGAUAGCGGAGGUGUCAUCCGGCACGAACGCUCCGACGGUUCCAAGAGCCUCACCCAAGAAGGCCCCCGUCUCCAGGCAGGUCAACUCUUUUGAGAGUAGGGACACCAUUAAGACCCAGACCUGCAAUUUCUGUUCCCGGGAGAACCAUCCGAUUCGAUUGUGCCCUCGAUUUCUCCAGAUGGGUGUCAAUGAAAGGGUCAACCAUAUCAAGCGACAGAAGCUUUGCUUGAACUGUUUCGCACGAGGCCAUGUCCUGGCCGACUGCACAAGUGCGCACAGCUGUUUUACGUGCAAGGGUCGUCAUCAUACACUCUUGCAUCGAGUCAACCCGACGCCGACAGUCACUAAUCCCACUCCUAAUAUACAGUCCACUCCUUCCCAGUCAGCUAAUGUGCAAUCAUUCCUGGCAGUUAACACACAAGGUGUUCUGCUGAGUACAGCUGUUGUACACAUUUGCCAUCACGGCGUUCGGCACACAGCACGGGCUCUGAUCGAUUCCGGAUCAGAGGCUACCUUCAUUUCUGAACGAUUGUUCAAGCGCUUGAGGAUGCCAUACACAUCCGUUCAAGCCUACGUCUCUGGGCUGACUCAAGUUGUAGCAGCCCAGCCCCGAAAGCAUUGCCAAUUCCUAAUUGGCUCCCCGUUGCGACCAGAUCUGCAGAUUGAGGCAUCGGCUUUCGUCCUUCCUCAAUUAGCAGGAAAACUGCCCUCUAGCUCUGUCCCACAAACCAUCCUCGACAAUCUGCCAAGCAUCCCGCUGGCCGACCCCAAGUUCUAUGAGAGUUCGCAGAUAGACGUGCUUUUAGGCGCGGAUAUCCUCCCAUCCGUUCUUCUCGGCGGCUCUCGCCCGAACGUUUGUGGGACCCUCAUUGGUCAAGAGACCAUUUUCGGUUGGAUCCUGACCGGCCCAGUGUCGGGAUCCACUUCUAACUCCAUCUCGUCCCUUUCGACUCGACUGUCCGUCGAUCGAACUCCUACGAUCGCUCGACUGUCCGUCGAACGAUCCCGGACGGAGACGCAGUCUUCCUCUGCACCGAUGGCACCGGUCACUCGCGUGGGGUCUCCGUGCCUCCGUCACAACCUCGCGCCAGCCCAGGAGCCGACGCGACCACCCGGCACCCUCAGAGAAGAACCACCAAGGACGUCCCGUGUCCACGUUUCCCAGGCCGGCAUCCACCCGGCCGGCAUCCACAGGCCCACUCACCCACGCACCCGGCCCGUGCCUAGCUCCCGCAGACGGCACUUUCCAGUGCAAAGGAGUGAGCAUACUCCCCACCGCGGCGAGUUGGAUCCGUGCUGUCCAGUAAGCCGCAUCAGCGAGUCGUUGCCAGGGGCCUUGGGCCUCUCCAUCACUCGCAUGGGCGCUAAAGGAGUCUGCACGGCGUCGUUGCGCUCCAAGACACACCCACUCUAUCUAUCCUGA